AUGUGGCAGAGCCUUGAAGAAUUUGCAGCUGUAAAAAAAGCGAAAAGGACUAUUAGACGGAUUCUCGUUGCAAAUAAUGGACUCGCUGCGAUGAAAUGCAUUAUUUCUAUUCGAGAAUGGCUUCAAAAUCAAUUUGAUAAUGACGGAAUAAUUAAAUUUAUAUGUAUGGUUAAUGAUGACGAACUUGAUGCGGGAUCUGAGUACCUGAAACUUGCCGACGAGGUCGCUAUCACACCAUCGGGUAGCAAUAUACAUAAUUUUGCCAAUCUUGAUCUAAUUUUAUCUCUCGCGAUUGAGAAAGAAGCAGACGCCGUAUUUAAUCUAAAUAUUCCUGUUGUACGAUGGUCCGGUAGCCAUAUUAAAGAGAACCGACAUCUUGAAGAAUAUAAUUUUUAUUCUAUGAUGCGUCAAUCUAUGAUAGAAACAGAAGAAGAGGGUCUGGAAUGCAUUAAAAAAAAUUCCAUACAAUUUCCAAUCAUGAUCAAAGCAUCCGAAGGUGGCGGUGGAAAAGGCAUUCGGAAAUGCACACAUGAAACCGAUUUUUCAAAAUGUUUCAACGAGGUUAAACUCGAGGUUCCGCACUCUCCUAUUUUUCUGAUGAAUUGUGUACAAAAUGCUCGACAUAUCGAAGUUCAAAUAAUAGGCGAUAAAUAUGGAGACAUAAUUUCGCUUUUUUCUCGAGAUUGCACCACUCAACGACGAUGUCAGAAAGUUAUUGAAGAAGCUCCCGCUUCUUUAGUUUCUCCGGAAAUUUUAAAGAAAAUGGAACAGGAUUCUAUCAAAUUUGCAAAAUUUGUAAAGUACCAUUCAGCUGGAACAGUUGAAUUUCUGUAUGUCCACGAAACAAAGAAGUACUACUUUAUGGAAUUUAACCCAAGAUUGCAGGUUGAACAUCCCUGUACCGAAAUGAUUUCAAACCUGAAUAUUCCUGCCAUCCAACUACAGAUUGCAAUGGGAAUUCGUUUAAAAGAUAUUGAUGGUCUUUCUAAGAUAGAUGCUCCAAAUGGUCAUGCGAUUUCAGCUCGAAUCACUUGCGAAGAUCCCGACGACAGAUUUUUACCGUGUGUUGGCCGCGUAUUUUCAUUGAAUCAUGGCUUUUCAAGACACUCAUGGGGUUAUUUCUCAGUGUCUGCAGGAUCCGCUGUUCAUGAUCAUGCAGAUUCACAAAUCGGUCAUGUAUUCGCGAAAGGUGCCACACGUCACGAAGCAAUUUUGAAUUUGAAAACUGCUCUAAAAUCUAUUAGAAUUGAAGCGAGUUUUCCUACACAAACAUCGUGUCUUGUUGAUCUUCUGUCAGAUAAAAAGUUUUUCGAAAAUCAUCACGAUGUUCAAUGGCUCGAUGAAAGAAUUGCGAACGGUGCGCAAAAAACAAAAUUUAAUAACGGUCUUAACCUAAGCGACUUAAUUGCCAUUUCGGCAGCUGCAAUUGGACGCAAUAAAAUAAACGAAAUUUUUGAACGCUAUGAGCAGAGUCUUCGCGACGGACGAAUUGUAUUACCAAACGACUUGAAGCGAUCUGUUGAUGUCGAAUUACAAUUGGAUCAUGUUAAAUACUCCGCUAAAGUCUUUGAGCUUGUUUCUGGAAAGUAUGGAAUUCGACUAAAUGGGCAGGAAACGUUUAUCGAAAUUUUGGGAUCGGAAGCUACGAAUAUCGCUGUUCAUAACGGAUCAUCGUUCGAAUUUCACUUCGAGACCGUCGAUUCUUUUUAUUUGGUUAAAAUUGGAAACAACACUUUGAAGUUCCGUAAAGAUUAUAACAGUGAUGCUCGUGUUCUCGAAUCGCCGUACACUGGAAAAUUUCUAGAAUAUAUAGUAAAUGAAGGAGACUUGCUGAAUGUUGGAGAUGCCUAUGCUCGUGUCGAAUCCAUGAAGAUGGUAUUCGAUUUACUUGUGGAAAUGGCACCUGGAAGGAUUCAAUAUGUUGCAAGAGAAGGUGACAUAAUUCAUCCCGGAGCUGUCGUUGCAUUGCUUGACAUCGAUACCGAUAAGCAAGCCAACAUUGAGGAAUUUUCAGGAAAUUUUCAAAAUUGGAAGCCCCUCAAACUUGGCAUGAUUGAAGAAUUUGGUUUCCCAUUCAUUGUCGAUAUGAUUGAUUUGCAUUUAAAUUCAAGUCUUCGUCAUAUGAUUGUUUCGCAAAUUAUUGAAUUAAUAUCAAAACUUCCAAUUAAUGCUUCAAUUGAGCAAGCAUUAUUGAAAGUUGCAACGUUAACAUGGAUUGAGAAUAUUUCAAACCUUGCUGCUAUGAAGCUUAUGUCGAUAUGGCUUCCAAAUAUGUCAUCUCGAUUUUGGAAAAAGAUUCAAAUCUAUUGCUGCUCAAAUAAUGCAAUUCAUUUGAAAGAGCCCUUGUAUUGUGAUUAUGGUGCAUAUCUUAGUCAGCGAUAUUCCGAUGAAGCUUUGAAGAUUUAUUCCCAUAAUUUGUCGUUGAAAACAAGAUAUAUUGCACAGAAAAACCGAACAGUCUCGGUUUUUGAUAUUCUCAUCUUGUUUGCUGGCGUUUCUCAUAAAAUGCAUAACGAGAAAGGUUAUGAUGUUCAAGAAUUUUGGGAUUUGAUUGAUGCAACUGAAAUGAAUCUUAAUCAGAAUGGACAAUUAGAAUUCAAAAAAGUUGCGAUGAAGGUGCCGCAAUAUUUUUCGAGGAGCUCAGUUUUCGUGUGGAUUGUUCGGCUUCUCAUUCCCGGAAGAAUAGAUCCUUUAGAGUUUAUCUUAAUUGCUAACGAUAUCUCAUACUGUGCUGGAUCAUUUUCGGUAUCCGAGCAUGCAAUAUUUGAAGCAGCCAGUCAAUACGCAAGGAAGCACAAGAUUCCGCGCGUUAAUAUUUCGAGCAAUUCUGGAGCUCGAAUUGGAAUUGAUUCUCAAGUUCUGAAAAAGAUGAAGGUCAAGACAACAAGAAACAACGAUUUCGAAUAUAAUUAUUUGGAAGACGAAGAAAAAGUAUUUUUGGAAAAUCGAAUUGAUUGCGAACGUGUUGAAGAUCAUUGGAGAUUAAUUAGCAUCAAAGGAACUCAUGAUGAACCAAUUGGAGUUGAAAACUUGAUGGGAUCUGCGCGAAUUGCUACUGAAACAUCCCGUGCGUACAGCGAAAUUCCUACAUAUUGUUAUGUGACCGGUCGAUCGGUGGGUAUCGGUGCGUAUACAGCGAGACUAGCGCGAAGGAUUGUGCAACACGAAAAAUCGCAGAUCAUAUUAACGGGAGCCGACGCAUUGAAUACUUUGCUUGGAAAAAAGAUUUACGCAUCCAACAAUCGUAUCGGCGGUGUUGAAGUAAUGAAAAACAAUGGAAUUGCCCACGCUGUUGUUUCUUCAGAUUUCGAAGGAUUCCGAAAAAUUGUCGAGUGGCUCUUGUAUAUACCAAAAAAAAUAUCAUCGUUUCCUUUUUUCGAGGAACUGCUAAAUGCUGAGACCAACUCUACCGUACAAGUUUCUCCAGAUGAAAUGAAAAACGAUGUGAGAUCAGUAAUCGACGGAAUUGAUGAAAAACAAGGAAUUUUCGAUUGUGGCUCUUUUGAUGAGAUUUGUCCGAAUUGGGCUAAAUCGAUCGUGGUCGGAAGGGCGAGAAUUCAUUCUAUGCCGUGCGGCGUGAUUGCUUCUCAGUGGAAAUCAAUUACUUUUGAAGAGUUGGCUGAUGAGGCUUUGGAAACAAGCAAAGCAACCAAAAUUGAACGAUCUGCGCAGGUUUGGUAUCCGGAUUCUGCGUAUAAGACGUCACAAGCAAUCAGUGACUUUAAUAAAGAAGGGUUACCAUUAGUGAUAAUUGCAAAUUUGCGAGGAUUCUCCGGAGGAAGGAAAGACAUGUCUAUGAACGUAUUGAACUUUGGAGCAAAUAUAAUCGAUGAGCUUUCGCAAUAUUCGCAGCCCGUAAUUGUGUAUAUUCCGUCGGGCGGUGAACUUCGUGGAGGAGCUUGGGCUGUUUUAGAUUCUCAAAUAAAUCCCGGAUUCGUUCACUUGGUCGCCGAUCGCGAGUCGCGUGGCGGCGUUCUUGAACCAAGUGCAAUUGUUAGUCUCAAAAUUCGUUCACCAGUUUUGGAAGCGAUAAUGGAAAAUAGUGGAGUUUCCAAGGAUCAAACAAAUGAUUCAAUCAAACAAAUGUUCAAAAAAGGUGCCCUCAAGUUCGCUGAUAUGCACGAUACCUGGCACCGAAUGAAGUUUGUUGGAGCCGUUGAACAUGUGGUAACUCUCUCCGAAACUAGAAACAUUUUCUAUAAAAUUAUUCGUAAUGAAAUGGUGCGGCUAGCCAUGGCACGACGAUUGCUAUGUGAGCUGAAAUGUAUUCGAUUAACUAUUCAUGAGGCUUUGGAUAGACUUGAAAAUCGAAUUCGAGCGUUUGAAAACGACCCGUCUUUAGAUUUGGACAUGACUUAUAAUAUGCUGAGGAGGUAUCACAAAAAUCAGUUUGAACGAGAUUUGAUCGAGCAAAUCGAAAACGAGAAGACGAAAAUGUGUGCAGAAUUAUCGCAAUCUUUGUCGCGCAACUAA